CAGAUCAUCCCUAAUAAUUCAUCCCAGCAUGGGAAAUACCCUCGUCCAGGCGUAAAAUAGAUAAAAAUGGGAAAAACGUCAAAGGAUAAACGUGAUAUAUACUACCGACAGGCCAAGGAGGAGGGCUGGAGGGCCAGGAGUGCCUUCAAGCUGCUCCACGUGGACGAGGCCUAUGGAAUUCUGAAUGGAGUCCAGCGGGCCGUGGAUCUGUGUGCUGCUCCUGGAAGCUGGUCGCAGGUUCUCUCCCGGAAGCUGUACGAUCCCUGCCAGACGGACGACGAAAAGGCCGCCGUUAAGAUCAUAGCAGUGGAUCUGCAGGCGAUGGCUCCAAUUCGGGGAAUCAUCCAGCUGCAGGGAGACAUCACCAAGCAGUCGACCGCCGAGGCCAUCAUCGGUCACUUUGGCGGCGAUGAGAAGGCGCAGCUGGUGGUCUGCGACGGAGCACCCGAUGUUACCGGUGUCCACGAAAUGGACGAGUACAUGCAGCACCAGUUGCUGGUCGCUGCACUCAGCAUUGCCACCUGUGUGCUGGAAAAUGGGGGAACCUUCGUGGCCAAGAUCUUCAAAGGAAACGCCACCUGGCUUCUGAGCUCCCAAAUGCAGAUAUUCUUCAAGAAGUUCGACAUCUACAAGCCGCCAAGUUCGCGGCCCUCAAGCAUUGAAGCAUUUGUCGUUUGCUCCGAUUUCUGCCUGCCCGCCGGUUACAUUCCGCAAGUGAUCAACCCAGCUCGAGAUGAUAUUCGUCUGCUGGCACAGAAAACAGGAUCUGAUGUUAACCGACGGCUAGUUCCUUUCAUUGCUUGCGGGGAUUUGAACGGGCUGAGUGAUUCUGCAUCCUGCACUUCAGAAGAACCAAAAUCGGAUGCAGAAUAUGUUUACGAUGCUGUUAUCAAUGACGCCUCAUAUCCGCUGGAAUUUAAAGAAAUAUUAAAGGAAGUCUAUGACGAACAAUUACAAAUCAGCUAAGUGUCACAGAAAUAAAACCUGAAAAUGACAUUGAAAUGUGUA